AUGGCUAAUGAACGCGAAGACAAGGUCUAUAUGGCCAAAAUCUCUGAACAAGCAGAACGUUAUGAUGAAAUGGUCAAGUUUAUGAAAGAAGUUGUUCAAUUGAAUGCUGCCUUAUCAUUAGAGGAACGUAAUCUUUUGUCAGUUGCUUACAAGAACGUGAUUGGUGCUCGUCGUGCCUCUUGGAGAAUCGUUUCUUCUAUUGAGCAAAAGGAAGAAAGCAAGGGUCAUGAAGCACAAGUAGCCAAAAUCAAGGAAUAUCGUAGCAAGAUUGAGAAUGAACUAUACGAUGUCUGCAAUGAUAUCUUGAAACUCUUGAAGGAACACUUGAUCCCUGCUGCUGAAACUGGCGAAGCCAAAGUGUUUUACUACAAGAUGCAAGGCGAUUAUGAUCGUUACAUCGCUGAAUACGCUACUGGUGAAGCUAGAAAGGAGGCUGCUAAUGCUGCACAUGAAGCCUAUAAACAAGCUACUGAAAUUGCUUCUGCUGAAUUGAGCACUACACAUUCCAUUCGUUUGGGUCUUGCCUUGAAUUUCUCAGUCUUUUACUACGAAAUUCUUAAUGAUCCCACGCAUGCUUGUGAAUUGGCCAAGCAAGCUUUUGAUGAUGCUAUUGCUGAACUCGAUACUUUGAGUGAGGAAUCUUACAAAGAUUCCACUCUUAUCAUGCAAUUAUUAAGAGAUAACUUGACCCUAUGGACUUCAGACCUUCAAGAAGAUACUGAAGGAAAAGCACCUGUUGAUGAAGAAUAA